UAGGUAGAAGUGAAAUUAAUGGAGUCCCCGAAGGUUCAUGCUGUUUGCAUACCUCUUCCAGCUCAAGGUCACAUUAAUCCUAUGCUAAAACUAGCAAAACUCCUUCAUCUCAAAGGCUUUCAUAUCACUUUCGUCCACACUGAAUUCAACCUCCAUCGUUUGCUCAACUCUAGAGGUCCAAAUUCUCUCAAGGGCUUACCCGAUUUCCGGUUUGAAACAAUUUCAGAUGGGUUGCCAUCAACAAAUCCGCGAGGUAUUUUGAACCUCCCAGACUUAUGCAUAACGAUGCCAACUCACGGGCUACGUUCGUUUCGAGACCUUAUAACAAAGCUCAAUUCUUCCACCGAUGCGCCCCCUGUCAGUUGCAUAAUCGCUGAUGGUGUCAUGAGUUUCACUUUAGAGGCUGCACAAGAAUUUGGCAUCCCUGAGAUGAUUCUCUUUACACCUAGUGGGUGUGGCAUGUUGGGUUAUCUUCACUUUGAAGAGCUCAAGAAUAGAGGCUAUUUUCCUUUAAAAGAUGAGAGUUGCUUAACCAAUGGAUAUCUUGACACUGUCAUUGACUGGAUUCCUGCUAUGGCCGGGGUUAGAUUGAAAGAUCUUCCGACUUUCAUUCGAACCACGGAUCCCAACGAUACAAUGUUCAACUACAACCUCGAAUCAAUAAACAAUUCAAUGAAAGCCAAGGGUCUAAUCCUUAACACAUUCGACGAUCUGGAACAAGAAUCUUUAGAUGUUAUCAAAACCAAAUUCCUCCAUCUUUACACCAUUGGCCCACUGUCAAUGCUACACCAACAACGUCUGGAUACAAACCUGGAGCCAAUUGAAGCAAAUUUAUGGAAAGAAGACUCGAAAUGCUUAGAGUGGUUGGACAAAAAAGAAGCAAAUUCUGUAGUUUAUGUGAACUACGGAAGCCUAAUAAUAAUGACGCCGGAACAACUGAGGGAGUUCGCUUGGGGACUUGCGAAUAGUAACUACGAAUUCUUGUGGGUGAUUAGGCCUAAUCUUGUUGAUGCCGGAGAAGAGGUGAUAUCAAAAGAGUUCAAGGAGGCGACAAGGGAUAGAGGUUUACUUGUGGAGUGGUGUGAACAAGAGAAAGUUCUUGGUCAUCCAUCAGUGGGAGGAUUUUUGACGCAUUGUGGAUGGAAUUCUACGUUGGAAAGCAUUUGCGAGGGCGUGCCAUUGAUUUGUUGGCCAUUUUUCGCUGAGCAGCAGACAAAUUGUCACUAUUCAUGCAGCAAAUGGGGAAUUGGGAUGGAGAUUGAUGGUGAUGUGAAAAGGGAAAAAGUGGUGGAAAUAGUGAGGCAGUUGAUGGAGGGAGAGAAAGGAAAGGAGAUGAGGAAAAGGGCUGGAGAGUGGAAAAAGAGAGCUCAAGUAGCCGUAAAACCAGGUGGUUCUUCUUAUAAUAACUGUGAAAUGUUAGUUAAAGAGCUUCAAUUUGCCGCCAUUGGCUUGUAA